GGUAAUGGCAGUGGCUCAGAGGCAGUGGCUUGAUACUUGAUACGCGUCAUAAAUAUAGGCCAAUUUAUAUUUACACAAAAAAUGCAACAAAUUAAAAAUACAUGUAAUUUUCAACCAGAAUACAAUUAUUAUUUUAUAUUAAUAAAAUUAUAUUGAGAUGUAUAUUAAUUAUGAAGCUCCCUAGCAUUUGAUGUUUUGACGCUCUCUUCGUGCUACAGUUCUUUGAGUGCCAUGCGGUUGGGGUUAUCUGCCGUGUAGGCAUUAUUUGAUAGUUUAUAUUGUAUUUUAUCAUCAAAACUGUGAUUAAUCACCUAAAAAUAAGACACCAUGCCGCUGACGUGUCGUUUCUAUAAAGAAAAGUAUCCAGAGGUGGAGGAUGUUGUGAUGGUGAACGUGAGGAGUAUUGCUGAGAUGGGCGCCUACGUGCACCUGCUCGAAUACAACAACAUUGAAGGCAUGAUCCUGUUGUCGGAGUUGUCGCGAAGGCGUAUUAGGUCUAUCAACAAACUCAUUCGAGUUGGCAAGACUGAGCCGGUAGUUGUCAUUCGAGUUGACAAAGAGAAAGGGUACAUUGAUUUGAGUAAGCGACGUGUUUCUCCCGAAGAUAUAGAGAAAUGCACUGAACGAUUCGCCAAAGCGAAAGCAGUCAACUCGAUUCUCAGACACGUCGCUGAACUACUCAAGUUCGAGAGUAAUGAGCAGCUAGAAGACUUGUACCAGAAAACAGCGUGGUUCUUCGAGGAAAGGCUCAAGAAGAAAGCCUCUGCCUAUGACUUUUUCAAGCAGGCUGUUCUGGAUCCAUCAAUUCUGGCUGAUUGUGGAUUGGAUGCCGAAACUCAAGAAGUACUUCUGAACAAUAUUAAGAGGAAACUGACUUCACAGGCUGUGAAAAUUCGAGCUGAUAUCGAAGUGGCAUGCUACGGCUAUGAAGGAAUAGACGCCGUCAAAGAAGCACUCAGGGCUGGACUCGCCUGUUCCACUGAGGAUCUGCCAAUUAAAAUUAAUCUUAUAGCUCCUCCGUUGUAUGUUAUGACGACAGCGACCCCUGAAAAGCAAGAUGGACUGCAAGCACUCAAUGUAGCUAUCGAAGCUAUUGACAAGAAAAUCAAAGAAAUGGGAGGUGUAUUCAAAAUACAAAUGGAGCCGAAAGUUGUGACAGCAACUGAUGAGGCCGAACUGGCGAGGCAGAUGGAGAAAGCUGAAGCGGAGAAUGCCGAGGUGGCUGGGGAUGACGAUGAAGACGAAGAGGAGGAGUGGGAGAGAGAUGGAGACAAGGACGAUGACGGAGAAGAGAAGGAGGAAGCUAACAACGUUAGCGAUGGAUCGGACGCAUGAUCAACCAUCCUACAAGUCGCUUCUGAACUUCAGCUACUCAUUUUAUAAACCCUAUUCAGCAGGCCUAAGUACAUUACUUGCUUCAGAAUGUAUUGGCUCUUUUUCCAUUCACUUGUAUUAAAGAUUUAUAAAACAAG